CUUCUUUGACUGAAAUAUAUCCACUGGUAGUGGAACGGAACGUAGCAGUACGUAUACUUUAAAUUAGUUUUAAUUCAAGGAUUAAGCAAUCAAUUGUUUCUGUGUUUUAUCAAGUUCUCCAAGUAUUAAAUUUCCAUCGUAAGAAGUAUAUGCCAGCCUUUUUUUAUAUAUAUGUAUUUGAGGAAAAGCAUACAUUUUCGUAUAAUUAACACAGCAUAGCCUUUUAGAUAACCAUAUGAGCGUAGAAAUGAUGCAGAUACUCCCAUCAAGUUGUGGAACCAAACCAACGCACUCCAUCGAAAAUAUUUUGGGUCUAGCGGGAUCAAAUGAUACAUCUGAGGGCCAAACCUCAGAACAUUCCAAACGAAAACUGGAUUUGGCUGAUAAAGAAAAGCACAAUAAUCAUCAUCGAAGUAAAGAUAUUUCCGAUGAUUAUUUCUUGACAAAGCCACAACAUUACAAAGAAGAUACAUCAGACGAAGUUGAGUUUGACUCCAACAUUCAAGCAGAGUACGACAACAGCAAUGCAGGCAAGGAAAAAAAGAAAAAACACCAACGGAAUCGUACAAUAUUUUCAACGUUUCAACUUUGUGAACUUGAGAGAUUCUUCAUGAAGUCUCACUACCUAGAUGCAUUCAUGCGGGAAGAAUUAGCAGCAAGACUUAGUCUUCCAAAGCUUACAGUUCAGGUGAGACAAGUGUCAUUUUUACUGCUAUAUUGCUACACUACUAUAAAUAAUUUCUUAUUGUUCUACAAUAAAGUCAUAUAUAAACUAGCAAGAACAUGUUAUUAUAGCCCAAUAAUUUUGUUGAUCCUACCUCAUGUAAAUUUAUUCAUUUAUGUAACGUACUUGCUACUGAGAAAGGACUAGUGUUGCCUAAGCUCUGGUUCUAUUUCUGGCUGUUAACUUACAAUUACGUUUCAGCUUUUACUUUCCAUU